AUGGUUCAUAAGAUAACACACGUGUUGUUUGAUUUAGACGGUACCUUGGUCAACACGAUUGACCUGUUAAUAGAUUUACUCCGUGAAUAUGCCGAGAGUCAGGGCCGGACACUAACCAAGGAUAUUGAGAGAGAAGUGGCGAAUAUAUCGAAUCCAGAAAUAUUUUUCAACAAAUAUUUUGAUUCAAUUGAAAUACCCUCGGGUCAAAAGGAUCGCCAGGUCCUGAGACACCACAUCUUACAAUCCAUGUACACAAAAAAGUUUAAACUAAUUCCUGGUGUGGAACGGCUGGUCAAACACUUGCACCAACACGGCAUACACAUGGCUAUCGCCACCGGAAACAGUAGUACACAUUUAGGACGAGUUGGUGAACAUGUCGGUCCCUUUUUGACGGGUGGCCUGUAUUUUAGUCACGCAGUGGCCGCUACUGAUGACCCUGAAGUGAUUCACCUAAAGCCCCAUCCCGAUGUAUACUACGUGUGCGCCCAGAGGUUUGCCACUCCGCCCGAGUCUUACGAUAAUAUACUAAUAGUCGAGGACUCAUUGUCCGGUAUUACGGGUGCCGUCGCUUCCGGUAUGAAAACUCUGCUCAUUAAUGACCGCAAGUUAUGUACUUACGACAUGAUAUAA